CAGGAGGCUCCCAAUGGGGAGCUCGGAAUUGCAGAUCAAGCAAUAUUGAAUAUUGGUAUUCAAAAGAUGUGAGUGAGUGUUGCCAUGCAAAAUAGAUUUCAUAAGGUUUUUUUACAGAGAAAAAUUAUUUGGCUAAAUAUACAUCAGAAUUUUGAAGAAUUUGGGGGAAUAUUUGACUUCGCUGAAAAUAUUGAUUUGCGACUGGGGUGCUGAAGAACCCCAAUCAUAGCCUCCUGCAGCUGGAAGGCAGGCAGCCAUUUUGUUGUGGUAAGAGGAGGAUGACGGAGGCAGGUGAAGGUCAGGGGGAAGACCAGGGGCUGGUCAGCUGGGUCAGGUGCAGCCUUCUGGACACCCACCUGUUCCACCUGGACAGGGAGGAACCCAGCAAUGAAGGCAGCAGCACGACCAGCGGGAUCUCCGGCGCUCCUACGACCCCGCAGGCGACCUUACAACGCGUGGGUUCGGUACGGGAGAAGCAGUCACUGCGGGCGGUGACGAACAUUGAUCCCGAGAUCAAACCUGGCGAGUACGUACUACGGAGCCUGUUCACAGAGUUCACUGUCCAAGCAGAGAGGAAGAUAGAGGUGGUGCUAGCAGAGCCAUUGGAGAGGCCACUGUCCAAGUCCCUUCAGAGAGGGGAGGACCCACAAUUCGAUCAGCUGCUCAGUUCACUGAAUGCAGUGGCGGAACACUGCCUGCCAUCUUUACUGCGUACGCUAUUCGAGUGGUACGACCGACAGAAUGGACCAAUGGCGGAGGCCAUGGAUGGGGGAAUGGAGGAGCCACGCCCCCGGACGAACACCAAGAGCGGGAAAGGGUACGCCAGUUCAAGAGAGAAAGACAAAGACUAUCUGUAUGAAAGAAGAGAUCUUGCCGUGGAUUUCAUAUUCUGCCUUGUCCUGAUAGAGGUUUUGAAACAGAGUCACAUCCACCCCAUCCCUGACAGCCAGGUCAAGACCAUCGAGAACCUGGCCUUUAAACACUUCAAACACAGGGAAGGACAACAGUCGUCAGUUAAUGCCAGUAACCUGCACAUCAUCGCUGACCUGUAUGCAGAGGUCAUCGGAGUACUCACACAGUCAGAGUUCCACUCGGUCCGCCGAAGGUUCAUGUCAGAGUUGAAGGAGCUGAGGAGUAAGGAGCAGAACAUGCACAACACGCAGGGGGUCAUCGCCCUCAUCAUGGGCAUGAAGUUCUUCCGGGUCAAGUUGUUCCCAGUGGAGGAUCUAGAAGCCUCGUUCCAGUUCAUGCAGGAAUGUGGGAAGUACUUCCUGGAGGUGAAGGACAAGGACAUCAAACACGCCCUGGCUGGGCUCUUUGUGGAGAUCCUCGUGCCUGUGGCUGCCGCUGUGAAGAACGACGUGAUGCUGAAUCUGCCUGCCAUCAAGUGUUUUGUGGAGAUGUUAUAUCAGCACACCUUAGAGAUGUCCGGCAAGAAGAAACAUGCACUGGCCCUGUUUCCCCUGGUUACCUGUUUACUGUGUGUGAGUCAGAAGCAGUUCUUCCUCAACAACUGGCACUACUUCUUAUCCAACUGUCUGUCUCAUCUUAAGAAUCGUGACCCCAAGAUGUCUCGGGUGGCACUGGAGUCUCUGUACAGACUACUGUGGGUCUACAUGAUCAGAAUAAAGUGUGAGAGUAAUACCCAGACCCAGAGCCGUCUGCAGAACAUCGUAAACAGCCUGUUCCCAAAAGGUUCCCGCAACGUCGUCCCCCGUGACACGCCGCUCAACAUCUUCGUCAAGAUCAUCCAGUUCAUCGCACAGGAGAGAUUGGACUUCGCCAUGCGGGAGAUUGUGUUUGACCUUCUUUGUGUCGGACGACCUUCAAAACUGGCACUCUACCCAGAGAGGAUGAACAUUGGCCUGCGUGCAUUCCUGGUGAUUGCGGACAGUCUGGAACAGAAGGACGGCGAACCCCCGAUGCCGUCCACGGUUGGCGUACUCCCGUCCGGAAACACACUCCGCGUCAAGAAAACCUUCCUCAACAAAAUGUUGACGGACGACACCGCCAAGCAGAUUGGAAUCCAACAGUAUUACCCUGCCGUGCGGAAAUCGCUGGACGGGAUCCUACGCGCUCUCGACCUGCAAGUGGGCCGGUCCAUGUCCAUGACGAACGUUCAGUGUAUGAACAAGGAACCAGAAGAUAUGAUCACAGGGGAGCGAAAACCAAAGAUCGACCUAUUCCGGACGUGCGUGGCUGCGAUCCCGCGCCUGAUCCCGGAGGGGAUGAGCAAAGCGGAGCUGAUAGACAUGCUGUCGCGCCUGACCGUGCACAUGGACGAGGAACUGCGCAAUCUCGCCUUCACCGCGCUGCAGAACCUCGUGUUGGACUUCCCUGCAUGGAGGGAAGAUGUGCUGAAUGGUUUCAUUGCCUUUGUGCUGAAGGAGGUCCAUGACACCCACCCCCUGAUCCUGGACAGCUCACUACGCAUGCUGGUGCAGUUCCUGACACACUGGCGCACAGCGGACCAGGCGCUGUAUGACAGCAGGUUGUACGGCCCCCCUGAUCUGGCCCCCCACAUGCCGUUUGACCGCAGCCCCCACUCCAGGGUUCUCCACCGCGUGGAGGGGUUCGCUCUGGUCAUCCUGUGCAGCUGCCGACCCGUCACCAGGAAACUGGGCGUCAUCAUCCUGAAGGAGGUCCGCACACUGCUGGGGACAACAGGAAGGGCUAGUACAGAAGAUGAGACCUGUAUAGACGUGAUGGACAGAAUCUGCCCCGCAGUGGUGGAGACGUGUUUACCAUUCCUGGCAGCAGCAGAGAAGGCUGCUGUCCUUGCCACGCCCACCAUAGACCUUCAGUGGUUGGCCGACAGACAAGCGUGGAUCGGUGGUGUACAUGAUACGGUCGGGGAGCCCCACCCGAAGGUCGUGGUGCCCCCGCCAUGGAGCGCGUACGUGUACGACCCCUGGUCGCUGUGUCUCGCUGGGUUCCUGUGGUAUAAGAACCUCCCGCUGCACUGUCCCGCGGCGGUCAGCUAUGCCUGGCCGGACAGCUACUGCCGCCUCACAACGCUGUUCUCUCACAUCGACCCAAACAACCCAGCUAACCAGGGUGGGAGCCUGCGGGGCACCAAGAAGAUGCCGUGUGCGACGGACGAGUACAUCGGCCUGUGGCGGAACUAUCUCGUGUUCGCCUGCCGUAUCGCGCCGCCAAGCUGCGGGCUCGUGGCCAGGCCCGUGUCUCCGGACAUUCUCAGCGCCUCGCCGGACAGUCUGUCAUCAGAACGGGCAGAUAACAAGUUUGUGCCCCCCUCCCCCUCAGCCAGCCACCUCUUCAAGUUGCUGGUACCGCUGAUCCGGUCGGAGAGUGUUGAUGUACAGGGGGCCGUGGUGGCCGGGCUCGGGAGAACCAAUGCUCACGUCUUCAGAGAGUUGGUGGAGGAGAUGCAUUCCCUGAUGAAGGAGGCCCUGGAGAGGAAACAGGAGAACAUGCGGCGCCGGCGGAGGCGGGACUGUCUGCGGGUCCAGCUGGGCAGGAUCCUGGAGCUGGUCGCAGACAGCGGGGUGUUCUCAGACAGUUGUGCAGGCACACUUGACAAGGACAGUAACAUGCUGGUGCCCCUGUUUGUGGAGUAUAUGGACGGGAUGCGGAUGUUUCUGGAGUCGGAAGGCGACAAGGACUCGCCGACGCUGCAGGACAUCCGGCUGCACUUCAGCGGCUUCGUGCACAAGAUGAUCCGCUCUAUACCAGUGGACCAGCGACGCCCCCUGUUGACCCAGGAGCUGCGCUACAGCCUGUUUUUCCUGCUGGCAAACUGGUGUGGUCGGUUCGGAGUGACGUUCGGCGCUGUCGACAGCACGUUAUCCGGCCGUACGGAGGCAAACAAGGACCUCAAGCUGUCGUCUUUACAGAAACUGCCAGACGACCUUCCCCUGACAGCGACCUGGGCUCCUCCCGGCCGGUUCUGCAGUCUUGACGAGAGUCUUGAGGACUUUGGGAAGACGUCGUUCAAGGCAAUGUCAGCGGUGCUGUGCUCAGGGCCAGUUUUUGACAGCACGGCGCUGUCACAAGACGGGUACCUGUACAACUGGCUGGACUCCAUACUGGACUGUCAGGAUGACAGGGUUCACCAGCUGGGGAGGGAGACAGUUGUCCUUCUGUUGACCUUGAACCCAGAGGUGCCAACGGUGUUGAACUGGGCCGUGGACCGUUGUUACACGGGGUCACGACUGGUCGCUGCCGGCUGCUUCCACGCACUGGCAGCCGUACUUUGUGAAAGAGACUACCCAUGUGACAUGGUGUCUGUCCUGAACGUGACCCUGUUUAAGACCGGUGACCCCUGUAACGAGAUCAGGGACAUGGCGCUGCAGCUACUGCAGGUUCUGGAUAACCGCUUCUUCGGCGAGCCAGACAACCUAGAGGACCUGUCCGGCAGCACCGUGACCUUGACGGGGUCUCACCUCCCAGCGACCUUCACCAAGUCCCAGAUGUUUCUGUCCCAGGAGCUCUCCAGACAACACCCGGAGUUCACAAUACCCAUGUUCUCAGAGAUCAGCCAUCGCCUCCACCGCGCACACCCCGAGGGUCGACAGGUCAUGAUGGAGUACCUGUUGCCAUGGCUACAGAACCUGGAGCUGGUGGACGAGUCCUUCUCGCCGGCGUCAACGGUGUCGAGCCAGGAUCGGCGCGGUGACCGGGUGCUGCGUGGGGAGGGGUGGGGGUCGGUGCAGGCCACCAACAUGAUCCUCAACAACCUGCUCUACAUCACUGCUAAGUACGGGGAUGAGCACCCACGUGCUGUGGAACAGUUCUGGGCGACGAUGGUCCAUCACUGGCCCAACAACCUGCAUGUCAUCCUGGAGUAUCUCAUCAACAUGGCAGGGAUCACCACACAGCCCGACCUGCUGCCAUAUGUGAAGCGAGCGGUGAUCUACCUGUGUCGUGCCAAACCAGACCAGAUGGUGGAGGAGCUGAUGAAUGAGCUACAGUCGGUAGAGAUUGUGAAUGCCGUGGCAGAGAGAAUAGCAGAGCCGCCGUACUAUCGCCUGAGCUGCAGCCGUAAGACGUCGUCAGCGAGCACGGGUUCUGCAGGCAUGGAGAGCCCCGGAGAGCUGCCACACGGAGAGCUGGCUACGGAGAGAGACACGCCGAGUCGGCGCUUUUCUUCCCACUCUAUGCACAAAGCUGAGGAGGCUACAGGUGUGAGCAGAUCGGAUUCGGUGAGCUCUCACCGCAGCACAGCGUCCCAGGGUUCCAUAUCCUCCUGCAUGUCCGCAGCUUCCCAUGAGGCAAUGAUGCGGCAGCAGCCAGCAGCAGCGGAGUCUGACAGGAGUAAGGAACAAGUAGGGAACCUGUACGCCCAGUGGAAGUCCCUGUUUGAUGGCGGUGGCGGCCCCCUGCCCCUCCCCAUGCCUGAGAACGGUGGGUACUACUGUCCGCUGUCCGAGUACCUGCGGGAAUCGGCUACAGCACCGGUUGGACUCAGCAGGUGUAACCUGGGUGUUGUGCUGCUGGCUGAGCUGGUGUUGGACAGAGUCCAGGUGGAGUGGACGAUCCACUUACCUCUCAUGCUGCACACACUGUUCCUGGGAUUAGACCAUUCCCGCACCAUGGUGCAUGAGCACUGUAAGAAGCUGCUGCUGAACCUGCUCAUUGUGCUGUCCUCCCACAACGACUACCUGUGCGUGGCACGGACCCUGCUGACCAAUCGCAUCCUCAGCCAGCUGCACUGUCUCUCCGUCCUGCCACCGCUGGCCAAGGACUACAACUUCAUAGCCGACCCACGGGUGGGUGACUCCACCCUCCCCACGCCGGCGUCAGACUCGGGCAUGAGCAGCAGCAGCCCGUCCUCCAGCGUGAUCAGCGGCCGCAGCGCCACGCCCCCGCCCCCCGCCGACUCCAACAUGGUGGACGUCAACACCCUCUCCGAGGUGGAUGAGAGUGCCAAAGCUCUCAUUGAAUUCAUCACCACAAGGUCGUGCCGGCCCCUGUGGUGCUACGAGGACCUGACGUCGCGCCAGUUCACCAUCCGCAGUGCCGAGCAGAUGUGCACGUUCCUGCGCCACGUUGUGCGCAUCUUCAGCGAAUCGCUGCCCGGCUCUCACCUGCAGGAGCGCUGGGGUCAGAUCGCGCUCCAUAUGGCGCUGUCAUGCUCCUCACGACACUACGCUGGCAGGUCCUUCCAGAUGUUCCGAGCACUCCAAGUCUCCGUGACCUCUAACCUCCUGUGCGACAUCCUGGCGCGGUUGGUCGAGACCGUCGCCGACCCCGGCGAGGACAUGCAGGGCUACGUCACCGAGAUCCUCCUGACUCUGGAGUCCCUUCUUGACAAGAUCGCCCCGGAAACGGCCCCGCCCGACUACGCCGGUCACGACCGCAUGCGCGCCAGUUCGGAGUCGAUCUCUAGUCUACACUCGACACCAAACCUGCACCGCACCAGCAUGUGCAGCAUCCCGGGGCGGCCAAACAGUGCCGCCUACACACACCACCGCUCCGCGUCCAUGUCAAAGGUCAAGCUGCACCUCGCAUCACCCAUUGAAAAGACAGACCACCACAGCAACCGUAUGCUGGUGGAGACGCGUACGCAGAGCUACAACACGCUGCCGCGGUCCCGCAGCACACAGUCCAUGAAGUCCGCCGCGGAGAAGUUCGACACGAGACACAACCUGCUGAGUCAGCUGUUCUGGGUGUGCGUGUCGCUGCUGGAGUCGGAUUACGACCACGAGUUCCUGCUGGCGCUCAAGCUCAUGGACAGGCUGCUGAAUGAGCUGCCCCUGGACAGGUCGGACUGUGUGGACGAGGUCAACAGGGUCAGGAACAAACUCAAGUGGUCCAACUUCCCCGGCAUGCAGAUGCUGCUGUUCAAGGGUUUCACCUCCCCACUGACCACGGAGCUGACUCUCCAGAUGGUGGCCAAACUGACCGUGUUCUCCACCCUGCCGGUCGUUGACCCCUCCGAGGCAGCAGGUUUUCCCCUGAAUGUCCUCGCCCUGAUGCCAUACCUGAUAAAUCACUACGACAGUCCGGACAAGUUCUGUACGGAGUGUGCUGAGAACAUUGCAGAGGUGUGUUUAGAGAAGAGUAAGAAGCUGCACAACCUUGCCCACAUCAUGAGCCUGUACAGUAACCACACCUUCGGGAAGCCGUGUAAGUCGUGGGUGUCGGCCGUCUGUAAGUACCUCCACGACGCCUACUCCGACAUCAGCCUCACCCUGCUCACCUUCCUGGUGGAGGUCCUGGAGAAGGGUAUGAUGGGUACCCAGCAGGCCGUGCUGCAGCUGCUCUACAGCCUGCUGCACCAGGUGGACCUCGGCACCGCCCCCAUCCACCAGAUGAACGCAGACCUCCUGCGCAUCAUUGCGAAAUACGUACAGAGUAACCACUGGCAGGAGUCGCUGAAUAUCCUGAAGCUUGCAGUUCAAAGGUCGUCUACGCUGGUUAGUCCCGAGGACAUUCCGGAGCUCAAGGACAUCAAGGAGAGUUCGCUGUCCCUUACCGACAUCGACGUGUGUCCCGUCAAGCGAGACCUGCCGGGUCCCACACUGGAGUUCCGCUUCGAUGUCUCACAGACACCGAUUAUCGGUCGGCGUGGCCAGACCCCUCAAGCACAGCCCGACGUCGUGGAAAUCACAAUAGAGGAUGGUGCUGACAGUGCAGACGAAGACACCAAGGCGGCGCACGACAGCGGUGAUAGCUCCAGCCAACGGCAGUCCUCGUCCAACACGUCAACCCUGUCGUCAGCCAGCACCGCGGUCGGGCACGGGUCCUGCAUGAUUCCCGUCUGCUGGAAAAAGCCUCACCUGUCACAGAGGAGAACAAGAGAGCGUCUUGUCAACGUGCUGUCCAACUGUGGCCAAAAUGUUGGGCUGCCCAAGAGUCCAUCAGUGAUCUUCAGCUCCAGCAGCGACCUGGCCCUGGACCGACAGACCAGUAUGUACUCCUCCAGCGACGAGGUGUCCCCACCCGACCUGUUGCCUAGCGACAACAAGAUGGAGGAAGGCACGAGCGGCGAGAGCGGACAGCACUUCAUCUUCAAGGACUUUGACUUCCUGGAUGCUGAGCUGGAAGAGGCUGAGUCGGAAGGCCUGGACAACUUUAACUGGGGUGUGCGUCGACGGUCGCUCGACAGCGUGGAAAACGGCGAUGGUUCACUGCAGGGGUGUCAGCUGUCAGGGAGCGUUCCCAGCCUCGCCUCCGCAGACAUGAAGGACGAGUCUUCUGAUGACGAGAGUAUCUCCCCCAGUGAAGAGGCCUUACCAGCUACGAUAGAUAACCUGCCCAGCGCCUCCACAGAGCACAAGCCGCACCACCCCGCCAACAUGGCCGACACCGCUGACGGAACCGACGACCAGCUGCCGUCCGAGCCAAUCAGCAUGGAGGUGCACAAGGACCAGUCCAGUGCCCUCUCCAUUUCAAGUGUGUGUAGCGAGGGUGACGGCGCCGACACGAGUCCCGGCACGUCUCCGCAUUUCUCAUCGCUGACAUCCGAGUUCCUGCCGAUCUCCAUGGACGAGAUCGAGGAAGUGUGGCUAACCCACGUGGGACUGAUUCUGUCAGACAACAACGGCACGUGUGCUGUCAACACCUUCCAGCUGUUCGCAAGACUCUACAGGAUCACCAGGAGAAGGUUCUAUAACCUGACCAGGGAGUGUUGUAACUACCUGGGGGACAAACUCCGAGGCAUCGCCUCACAGUUCCUGAAUAUGUUGGAGUUGCUGGUGUCACAGGCAGAGUGUCCGCACAUCUUCACAGACACAGAAACAAUCCUGUCCUGUAAGUUACUGGAGAGACACAAGUUUGCUGUGCUGGAGAUACAGGAGCACUACGACACCUACAUCUGCAAGAGGGACGCCACUGUGGAGUGUCUUGACAAGAUCAAGGAGUCAUUGAAAAGACAGUCUCUUGGAGAGGAGGCUGGAGGCAAUGGAGAACAGCAGCAAAUCGAGCUGUGUCGGCACCUGUACAAGCUGCACUUCCAGCUGCUGCUGCUGUUCCAGAGCUACUCCAAGCUGGUCAAACUGCUGUCCACGGCCGCAAAUGCACCACAGGUGACGGACUACUCCCGUGACGCGACAGACCUGAAGGCGCGGCUCCAUCAGGCGAUCUACGACGUGGACAACGGGAGCGUGCUGCCGCUGGGACAGGUGGACACCGUGUCGCUGUCUCGCCAGGUGGCGGAGGACAGCCUGCUGGAGAACCUGAAGAACGGACAACUCACCACCUGUGUGCAGCUCAUCAGGGCAUUCAGAUCCAUGUGGCCCAACCUGGUGUUUGGUUCUGCAGAUGAGGAUGACAUGGAGUAUCUGUUGGCACUGUUCUGUAAACAUGUGGCCGACAAUAAAACAGGUGUCCUUGUGAUGACCCGAGCAGAUACCGACCUCUCCGGCGUCUGCCAUCGGCUGAUGGAGGUCAACAUCCAGCUGCUGUCCUCCCUGAAGUUACUGGAACUCCCCCCAAAGUCUCCCCAGUCCUCCCCUUCAAGUCCAUCCCCUACUACCAACCUUUAGCAGUUACUGUAAUGUUUAAAGUGUUUAAAUUAGGGCUGUCUCCAGGAUCCGUCUCUUCCCGCCAU